AUGGCUGUGCCCUGGGAGGACUAUUUCCGGCUGAUCUUGCAGGAGAAGCUGUCCCAGAAGACACCAGAGGAGAAUGUGGACCACUUCCCACCCGUGCUGCGCCUCCUGGAGAAGAGGAAAGAGCUGGCAGCUGCAGACCGGGGUCUGCAAGCCCAGAGGGAGGAGUUCCACACCACGAUGACAGCCCUGGAACAGCGCUGGGCAGAGCUGGCACAGAAAGAGCAGCAGCUCAAGGGGUCCUUUGUCCGCUUUGACAAGUUCCUGCAGGACGCCGAGAUGCGGCGCGGCCGCGCGCUGCAACGGGCGGCGGAGGAGCGACACCGCGCGGACCGCCAGGGGGCGGAGGCGCUGCGGCUGCGGACUCAGCUCCAGGAGCUGCGGCGGGAGCGCGCGCGGCUGCAGCGCCGGCUACAGAGGCUGGAGCCGUGCGCGCGCCUGCUGGAGCGAACGCUGGAAAAGCUGCCCGAGUUCCAGGAGGUCCCAGAGCUGGUGGCUCGUUUCGACACCCUGGCAGACACGCAGGUGGCCCUGAGGCUCACGGAGCGAGAGCGGCUGGCGGAGCUCGAGGCGACGCGGGCGCAGCUGCAGCGGCUGCGGGACAGCGAGCAGGACCAGCUCCUCGCGCAGGCGCAGCGGCGAGCAGAGCUGMGGGAGCGACUGGAGUCCGCGCGGGAGCGCGCGCUGGAGUGGGAAUCUAAGUGGAUUCAGAUCCAGAACACUGCAGCCGAGAAGACCCUGCUCCUGGGCCGCGCGAGGAUGUCAGCGCUCAACCUGUUCCAGACAGUGUGCCAGCACCUGAGGCAGCCACCAGCCCUGGACAUUGAAGACACUGAGGGGCAGCUGGAGCAGGUGAAGCUCUUCAUCCUGGACCUCUCUGCCAUGCUGACCAGACAUCGCCAGCCUGAGCCUGUGGCCACCACCUCCCAGCCCUGACCCAGGUGCACGGUGAGCGGGAGCUGAGGGACCCAGCCCUGGGAGGAGGCGCCACACUCACUAGGGGUGCAGGCUCCAGGCCGCCCUGAUCUGUUUUCCCAGGAGGAAGACGGAGCUGUGCCUGCCCAGGCCGCAGUGUCUAGAUGCAUGUCUGGUGUGAUCAAGGUGGACCAGCAAGGGGCUGCGGGCAAUGUGCGGGGCACCCCCUACCCAGAGGCCACACAUCMAGAGGCCUGCAGCUAUGUACUCCGCCGGG